AUGAAAUUCAACGAUACUAAAACUGCUUGGAAACUAAAAUAUGGAGGACAAGAUGGCAUAAACAAUGAAAUUAAUGAAUUUUUAGUUUGGAAAUAAUGUAAAGUGGUAAGCAAUAACUUGGAUUAUUCCUGUCAAAUAUGUCAACUGUAAAAGUUGUACGUGUUGAGGAUAUUGAGAGGUCCAAUACUGAAGAUUUCCCUAAAGGAGGUUCAGAAGAGCAUCUCUCUCAAAAUGCAGAAUACCUAAAUACAACUGAGCUGGAUGAACCAGAUAAUGAAGCAGAAGAAAUCCAAGAUAAAGUCUACCCAUUGCCACAAGACUGGCCCAAGAUACCACAGAUUUUCAGGAGGAAAAGUUGUGAAUUAACAAACAACACAACACCAUGCGUGAACAAGGCAGUCUCUCACUUGGAAUUGAUUCAGGGAAUCAUUGAGGAAUGGUUCAAAGAGCGAGAGGAAGAAUGUAAAGAGCAAGUUCUACCAAUGAGACCAGUGGGCAGCAAAAAACAGCUAAGGUUUUCCAAGUCGUCAGAGGAUGAUGUGAGGAAGGGAAGUGGAGACAAGCGUGGUACGAGUGCAUUAUCUCGUAAGUCUGGAUCCACCGAUCGAUCGAGUCUUCCCUCUACUCCUCUGUCCAUUCAUGGAGUGGGAGCUGUCAAGGACACAGAAGAAAAACCAGAAGGAGGAUUGGAGAUUCCCUAUCUUGGUGCUGAAGAUGUGAUUGAGGAAGUGAUAACGCUGCUAGCUCGACUAGAAAAUGACAAAAUAGAAACGGAAAAAUUCCUUAGGAACGAGGAGGAGAGAGUAGAGCGGCUCAGUAAUAAAAUCGACAAUCUCUGUCUGCGUAGGAUGACAGAACUUCCCGCUAUUGUUCAAAGAGAGCAUGAAGCUUGUAUUAUGGAUUUGAAUGAACUCACCUGGCAUUGUAAUUAUGGAGGCAGAAAUGAACAGAGAGUUAAAAACAAAACAAGUGCUGCAGAACUGCUUAAUAAAAGACUAAAAGAUGACAUUGCUUUUGUGAAAAAGCAUAUACCUUUAGUAGAAGAAAAGUUAGAAUUGGAAAAGCUUGCCAUGGAGAAAAUAAAAAAUGCACAAUCCUCAACAACAACAGAGUUAGAUAAUACCAAGGAGAGACAGGAGAAGACCAAGUCCAAAUCACAAGAAGCAGAGAAGAAAGCCCAGUCUGAGAGGGGUCAUAUCAAGAAGGAACUGGACACUGUUAGGGAUGCACUGUCUGCCAUCAGUGAGGAGUACUCCCAGGCUAAAAUGACCUUUAAUGCCUACAUCCACCAGGUGAACGACAUGCAGCAGCAGCUAAAGGAUAAUGACGAGGAACUUAAAGUUCUGGACGUCAAGAACGAGAACGCCAAAGUAGCCGAGGAAAUGCAAGCCGCAAAAGUGAGAGAAAUCCAGACCAAAAUUGCUGAAGCUGAAUUUGAACAUAACAGGCUGGAAAAUGAAAACAUUCAGCUACAACAGGAGCUUGUGGCAAAGAAACAGAAGAAUGAUAGCAGAAUCCGAGAUCUGGAAAACAAAGUGAAAGCCAAGGAUGGCAAGCUGAGGACAAUAUUGUUGAAAAAUCAAGAAGCUGAAAUGGAAGUUCAAGAUUUUUACGACAAAAUUUCUGAUUGUCAAAGACAGAAGGUGGCUGAUGAGAAGAACAUCACUCGUAUUAAGAAGGAGAUGAUGAAGCUAGGUCAGCAGAUGGCUGUCACAAUGGAGGAAUAUAACAAAGUCCUGGCCAUCAACCAGUCCAUCCGAGAGCAGCUACAGACCGAGGAGGAAAAGGCAUUCAAGAUGGAAGAGAGUUUGAAGGGUACAGCAGACACACUGAGAAGGCAGGUCAAGGAUGAGGUUCACACCAGAACUGUCCUGGUGGCCAGGAUCUCUAACGACACAACUGAUUUAUCCAAAUACAAAACUGACACACAGGUCAAAAAUCAGAAGGCCAAGAAAGUUGCUGAUGAUGUUGUCAAUGUGGUGAAUGAGGUCAAGACAAAAGUAGAAAAAUUGAGAUCUGCUAAACGAGAUAGACUAAAGAAAAAGUCCACCCUACAAGAUCAACUAAAGGAGACAGAGAAACAGGAAGAAGAAUCUAAACAGAGAUUUAAAGAGAAGCUGGGAAACAUUGAACCUCAUCACAAGCAACUCAAGGAAAAUGUGCUAGCCCUAGACAAGCGUCUGGAUCACAUGGAGUGGAAGACGGAACAGAUGGAGAGACAGAUGGAUGACUGGGACCGCGAGGCAGGAACCAUGGAGAGGCUGACCAGUAAUACCCAGAAGGCCAUCGAUGAAUUAACAGAAGUAUUGGAGGAGUUGACUCUUCAGUUGGAGUCUGCUAAGAAGAUAGAGGAGGGACUGAGGAACACUUAUAAUCAGUCUCUAGAUAGAUACAAAAUCAAUGAACAGAAUCACAGAAAAUUCAAGGAUGAGAGGGCAAAAUUCCUAAAGAAAACAGAGCUUGAAAUGGCACAUAAGUUGGCUGUCAAUAAAGAAUUAGCCUCCAAGUACAGACAAGCUCAGAACGAGUACCUCACUCUGAAGGAUAAACUCCUCAAUAACUUUGAUGACAGAGUCAAACUAGAGGCUGCCAUCAAGGACUGCAGACAGUUACAAUCCUUACAGAAGAGAAUGCAUGCUGCCAUGAUGGAGUACUUCAAAUACCGAGGCCUGUACAACCAAUCAGAGCUUGGGAAAUUGGAGAGUGAGUCAAUGCAGAACACGGACAAGGUCAUAGAACUACAGGAGGAGAUGAAUACGGCAUUACAGAAAAUCUCAGAAUUUCUAGAGACCCAAAUGGAUGGAAAGACUGCUCGUAAAAUUGCCUGGGAUGCCAUAAAGAAACAGCAGCAACAACAACAACAAAGACAGAUGGGGUCACUUCCUGUUAUCCCACCAAUUAGACAGGAAUCCAUGGCCCUGGCCUGAUCUGUAGGGUGCAAAACUUAUAGAAUUUCUGCUGUAUGAUGCCUGUGAUACUUGUUUUGACUAUGAAAGUUGACUUAUUUUCAAGAUUUUGUUUAUGUAUGUCCAGUACUAUAUGGUUUAUGUUUGUCAAUAAAACUGUUUGUUUUUA